AGAGGUCAGAUUAUUCUCGUAUCAGUUUUGGGUGUUUUUGGCGGAGUUUAUAUCUGGAGACCUCUUUUCGAAGAGUAUUUCCCCAGGAAUAAGCGCGUCUCCCAACCCGAGUCAGCUGCUGAAGUUAAAUAAACAUGGAAGCAGUCAAACGCUGGUUCAGCACUUCCAGCCCGCUGGUGAAAACCUUGAUGGCUGUAUCAGUCACAUCUGGCCUGGUUGUGGUCCAUAGGCUAUUUUAUGCACCCCAUGUGCAGAGGAAAAGGUAUCGGCAAGCCGAGGAAUGGGCUAACAUGAUCAUAGAACAAGAAGAAGCGGCUGAAGCCGCCCGACUGAGUGAACAACGUAACUCUUACUAAACUAAUACCUAUAGUUUACUUUACCUUAGUACUUUAAUUAAUAUAUUAAAAUGUUGUAGUUU